ACAAAGUAACAAUUUAAAAACGAUAACGAAGUUCGAUAAGUUUAAACAGUAUGGGAUUGACAUAAGCCGCGUUAAGUCACGUGGUCAAUCGUCAUCGUUAUCGUAAGUUGGUAGACAAUGUUAUAAUUCAUAACGAAACCAUAACGAAACGAAUCGAUAUCGCGUUUAUCCCAUACAAAUGCGUAGACAAGCAGCACUUUCGGUGUUCGUUAUUGUCUCGAUCGUGAUCGUCAAAAAAGAUAACGAAACGAACGUUCAAACGUUGUAGUUAUCGUUACAAUAUGGCCGAAUUUCAUUAAGCAGCUGAUUUUAGACGUCAAGUGUUCACUGAGUUCACUCUGAAGUUUCUUUUCUCGCGAAGUUAAUAUAUUUUAAAAUGCAUUCGCUACGUUUAUUGUGGGCUGCACACAAUGAAAACACCUGGGAGAGGCGCCAAAAGCGUACAUUACACCGAAGGCAAUUGGAAACAAUUCAAGAAAUGCCAGAAUUGUUGUUCAUGCAACAUUUCAGGCUUAACAAAAAAACCUUUCGAAAGCUAUGCAGCGACUUAAAAAGUCAUACCCUAUUGAAAGGUUCAUCUGAGAUUUCCCUGGAAACAAAGGUGCUAUGUGCUCUUAGCUUUUUAGCUACAGGGUCGUACCAAAAAAUUGUGGGUGUGGGCCACUAUUUGACACAGCGGACAACAAGUCGCUGCAUCAGAGAGGUAGUAAACGCCCUUAACCAUAAUUGGAUGGUCAGUAGGUGGAUAGUAUUUCCACAAACACCUCAGGAGAGAUCCAUAAUCAAAGAGAAGUUUCAAAGGUCACAUAAUUUGCCUGGUGUGAUAGGGUGCAUUGAUUGUACCCACAUUGCAAUUGUGAGACCGGCUGAGGAAGAACAUUUAUUUUAUAAUAGAAAAGGAUUUCAUUCCUUAAAUGUUCAAAUGAUAUGUCAUUAUGAUUUAAAAAUAACCAAUGUGAACACAAAAUUUGGUGGAGCUGCUCAUGACUCCCACAUAUGGUCAGCGAGUCAUGUGGGCUCAUACAUGGAAGGGCUGCAUGAAAGUGGUGAACAUGUUUGGUUACUUGGAGAUUCUGGCUAUCCACAGCGCCCAUGGUUAAUGACGCCCAUAUUAAAUUGUGAACCAGGGUCGCAAGAAGAUACCUAUACAAGACGUCAUGUCCAAGCGAGGUCUCGCAUUGAACGCUGCUUCGGAUUACUCAAGGCUCGAUGGAGGUGUAUGCUUCGACACAGAGUCCUUCAUUAUCACCCGGAGAUGGCUAGUAAAAUUAUAAAUGCAUGUUGUGUGCUGCACAACAUUGCAUUACAUGCUAGUAUACCACCUCCGAGUGAUAUGCCAGCCGGAAGCUUAGAAGGUAGUGAAGAUGAUGCUGUACACCAUAGCACCUCCAUCAAUGAUAACCAAAAUGAGUUAAUCCGAGGCAGGGCUAUGCGAAGCCGCUUAGUUAGUAGGAUGUGAUUAUGUUAAUAAAUAAAAUUAAGUUGAAAAUUUGUA